AUUCACUUCCCUUCCCUUAGCUUCCUUCAUCUCUCUAAUAACCUUGUUGCAAAGGACACGAUCCGCUACUCUCGCUCUUUUUCCCUUCAAUCUCUCUCUUGAAAUUCCAUGGAAAUGGAAGACCAAUACGGCAGUAUAUCAGAUCUACGCCAAUUCAUAAGCAGAGCAUCAGUCACCCAUCAAUUCCCUUCUUACCCACAACAACCAUCCCAACUUCCUUCCUCCUCCGACAUAUUCUCCCCCCACCAGCAUCACCACCAGCGUGGGCUUUCAUCACCCACAGCCCAACCACAUGCGCAGCCGUAUGAGAUGGUAGUGUUGGGGAGGCCCAUGUCUUCUGCUGGACAUGGUGCAUCUAUAGACAAUAUUCUGCAUCAUAAUUCAGCAGGGUUUCAUAAUAAAGAUCAUCUAAAUCAUAAUUUCAAUUCAGAAUCAACAACAACAACAGCUAAUAUAGAUUCUGGUGGGUUUGAUGCUGCUGAUGCUGGGGCUGCAAGAUGGCCUAGACAAGAAACUCUUACUCUUCUUGAAAUCAGAUCUAAACUUGACCAUAAGUUUAAAGAAGCUAAUCAAAAAGGCCCUCUUUGGGAUGAACUUGCUAGGAUCAUGUCGGAAGAACAUGGAUAUCAAAGAACGGGGAAAAAAUGCAGGGAGAAAUUCGAGAAUUUAUACAAAUACUACAAGAAAACCAAAGAAGGGAAAGCAGGAAGACAAGAUGGAAAACACUACAGAUUUUUCAGACAACUUGAAGCACUCUAUGGAGAACGUCAUCACAAUCAUACUCAUUCACAUAAUCAAAAUCAUCCCAUAGCUUCAGACACCCACCAAAAUGUGCCUUCUUUUCACAACAAUCAUCUCUCAGUCCCAACUAACUUGGGAACAUCUAAUAACCACUGUCCUAAUUCAAGUUUAAGUCUCUCAAACUCAUCUGACGACGACCAUGAUACAUCAUCAUCUGAAAAUGAUGCUGUGGGGUCCAUUGAGACCCAUGAAAGCAAGAAGAAGAAGAGAGGUAAGCGUAGUUGGAAGGCCAAAAUUAAGGAGUUUAUUGACCAUCAAAUGAGAAAGAUCAUGGAAAAGCAAGAAGCUUGGCUUGACAAAAUGAUGAAAACUUUGGAAAAUAGGGAAAAGGAAAGGAUUCUAAGGGAAGAAGAAUGGAGGAAACAAGAAACUGAAAGGAUGGAAAGAGAGCAUAAGUUUUGGGCUUCUGAACGGGCUUGGAUUGAAGCCCGAGAUUCAGCCCUUAUGAAUGCUUUAGAAAAGAUAACUAGUAGUAAGGAGAAAGAUCAUCACCACCGUCAUCAUCAUAAUCAUCAUGAUCAUAAUCAAUGGUUAGAAACUGAGGUCACACGACUUAUCCAACUCCGGACUAGUAUGGAAUCAAGGUUUCAACAAUGUGGGUUUUCUGAAGAAGUUUUAUGGGAUGAUAUUGCUGCAAAAAUGGCUUAUUUGGGAUAUUCUAGAAGUGCAAGUGCAUGCAAGGAAAAAUGGGAUAAUAUUAACAAGUUUUUUCAAGGAAAAGACAAUAUUAACCUUAUCAUUAGGGAUAAUGAUCAUAUUGAGGGGAAUAAGAAGAGAAAGGAGAAUUAUGGAGAGGUUAGUAAUAAUACUAAUAAUAAUCAUAAUCAUAAUCAUAAUCAUCAUAAUAAUAGUAAUUACAAUGAGGGUUAUGGUGGAAUUAAUGGAGGAUUAUACAUGAAUAAUCAUCAAUUAAUGGGAAGUUAUAGUACUAAUUGUGAGAUUAAUGAACCAAGGCUUCAACUUAAUGAAGGAUCAUCUUCACCAUCAUCUCAUAAUUCAAAUGCAAAUGUUAAUGUUAAUGUUAAUGUUAAUGUUAAUGCUGCUGGUGCAAGUAAUAGUGUGAUGAAUGACAGUUGCUUAAGGUUUUAUCUUGGAGAGUAAUUAUGGGAUGAAAAUCUACAAGGGUUAUUAAUUAGAAAUCAUUAAGCUUAAUCUUUUCUGUUAAUUGAGUGAGUAGCUAGCUUAAUUAGCUUUGCUAGGCAGAGUUUGGUGGUGAUGACUACUGUUUCUAUUUUUAGUAACUUUUUUUUUUCUUUUUUAUUUUGAAGUUUCUAAUUUUAUUUGUAGGGUGGUAGCUAGAAGCUAAUUAAGCAUAUGGGGUAUGAACCAUGAAGCUAUCUAGUUUCAAUGGCAGUUACUAUUGGAAGAACAUGAACAUGAUGAUGAUCAUCAGUAUGGGUAUGCAAGUAAUUAGCCUAACUUUUCAUAUUUAAAUUAUAUUAAUUAAUUAAUAGUGUAAUUAGUAUUUGAAUGAUCUACCUUGUUGGUUGUUUAUAAUGUGCUUAAUGAUUACUGAAAGGUCAUCAUUUUUAGCAAGAAAAUUAUUGGGCAUAUUAGACUUUCUGCCCUGUGCAUACUUAAUUUUUUCCCCUUAUAUAUGGCUUUGAUUUAGGCUUAGCCUCAAU